UGUCAUAGUAAACAACUUUAAAGCCUUCAUGUUUAUUAUGAAAAAAACAACAAGUUUAAAAGAAAAAAAGAUAAUCUUGCCUUUUAAAAAGUAAAAUGGAAUCACAUUAAUAUAAAAAUGUCUGAAGAUUGAAGGAGAUUGCGGUCAUUUUGAAGCUUUUUGAAACGCCACCAACAGUAGAGACCAAGCAGUCUGCAUGGUUCUGGUUGAAAUUCCUGUGCACUGUAGAAGAGGGUUAUAAAAGAUAAAUCCAAGAUGUCAAGAUUUCUGCAAGCAUCAUACCACCAAGGAAGUUCCCGAUUCUAUGGGUCAGCGAGACAGUGUAUGGCUAAUUCUUUAUCUGCAGUUGUUAUGUCACAAACACUUAAUCCUGAUGACUUGAGUUCUAACACACUAAAUGAUAUACUUGAAAAUGGUGAUGAAAUUUAUAAGUCUUCAUCAACAGAUCUCAGCUGUUAUUUGAUGUUGGAGGACCUUCCUAAAAACUGUAAACUGUAUAGCAAUUUCAUUAUAAAUGAAAUUUCAACUGGUCUCAUAAAUCAGACAGUUGAUUAUGAGCCAUAUGUUACUCUUGAAAGCGCUAUUGGACUUGCACUAAAAAAUGAAGCUUCAUCUUGUAUUGUUACCAUAGGCCAAUCCAAUCCCAGCUAUUCUUGUUCUUUAAUUAGAAGGAAUGAAAAAUAUUAUUUCUUUGAUCCUCAUUCAAGGAACGAGGUUGGCAUGCCAGUUCCAGAUGGAUAUGCCACUUUAACUGUACAUACAACUGCUAGCGCUGUGUGUCUUUUUGUGAGACAUCUCUCAGCAAUGCUAUUUCAAACAAUUAGUAAUGUACAAUUUGAAAUUUCACCAGUACAGGUUUUUGUUUCAUCUUCAUUGACAUCAGAAUUUGGCGAUUUGUCCGAUGGUAGCUUUGAUGGGUUUUCUGAUGUCAGUGAAGGUGAGAUUACAUGCAAAUUGUAUAUGCUACAUGAUGACACUGAUCUCUCUGUAUCAAGUGUAAGCAGCGUUAAUAGUGAUGAUAUUUUAGAUGAAAGUAUAUUAUCAGAAGAGAUUCAGUCAAUGAAUGACAGUUCAACCUUUUUUAAUAUGUUUGAUCCUAGCAUUUUUGAUCAAGAAACAGAGUGUACUGUGUUUGAAAAUGAUUAUGAUAUGGGUUGUGGUGAUGAUGAUAAAUGUACUGUGUCUCUAAGUGAUCAUGAUAAGGGUUCUGGUGAUACUGAUAAAUGUACUGUGUCUGAAAGUGACCAUGAUAUUGGUUCUACUGAUACUGAUAAAUGUACUGUGUCUGAAAGUGAUCAUGACAUGGGUUCUGGUGACACUGAUAAAUGUACUAUGUCUGAAAGAGAUCAUGAUAUGGGAUCUGCUAAUACUGAUAAAUGUACUAUGUCUGAAAGUGAUCAUGAUAUGGGUUCUGCUGAUACUGAUAAAUGUACCGUGUCUGAAAGUGUUCAUGAUAUGGGUUCUGCUGAUACUGAUAAAUGUACCGUGUCUGAAAGUGAUCCUGAUAUGGGUUCUGCUGAUACUGAUAAAUGUACCGUGUCUGAAAGUGAUCCUGAUAUGGGUUCUGCUGAUACUGAUAAAUGUACCGUGUCUGAAAGUGAUCCUGAUAUGGGUUCUGCUGAUACUGAUAAAUGUACCGUGUCUGAAAGUGAUCCUGAUAUGGGUUCUGCUGAUACUGAUAAAUGUACCGUGUCUGAAAGUGAUCAUGAUAUGGGUUCUGCUGAUACUGAUAAAUGUACCGUGUCUGAAAGUGAUCAUGAUAUGGGUUCUGCUGAUACUGAUAAAUGUACCGUGUCUGAAAGUUAUCAUGAUAUGGGUUCUGCUGAUACUGAUAAAUGUACCGUGUCUGAAAGUGAUCAUGAUAUGGGUUCUACUGAUACUGAUAAAUGUACCGUGUCUGAAAGUGUUCAUGAUAAGGGUUCUGGUGAUACUGAUAAAUGUACCGUGUCUGAAAGUGUUCAUGAUACGGGUUCUGCUGAUACUGAUAAAUGUACCGUGUCUGAAAGUGAUCAUGAUACGGGUUCUGCUGAUACUGAUAAAUGUACCGUGUCUGAAAGUGAUCAUGAUACGGGUUCUGCUGAUACUGAUAAAUGUACCGUGUCUGAAAGUGUUCAUGAUACGGGUUCUGCUGAUACUGAUAAAUGUACCGUGUCUGAAAGUGUUCAUGAUACGGGUUCUGCUGAUACUGAUAAAUGUACCGUGUCUGAAAGUGUUCAUGAUACGGGUUCUACUGAUACUGAUAAAUGUACCGUGUCUGAAAAUGAUCAUGAUAUGGGUUCUGGUGAUACUGAUAAAUGUACUGUGUCUGAAAAUGAUCAUGAUAUGGGUUCUGGUGAUACUGAUAAAUGUACUGUGUCUGAAAAUGAUCAUGAUAUGGGUUCUGGUGACAAUUACAAAUCUGGUGGGGACAAUGUUGUAUAUUCUGUAACAGAAGGUGGUGACAACACAGGCUCUGAUAACAAUGGGAGCUCUAACAGUUGUGUGUUUGGCUCUGGGGAUAUGGGGGAAUCAGAUUUGGUUUCGGGUUCUGCUAACAAACAGCAUGAGAAUGGGGUUCAAGAGUUAGGAUCAGGUGAUAGGGGUAGAAGUAUGAAUGAAAGCAUAGAAUUAAAUGGGGAUGACUUUGGUUCUUCAAUACAAAAUGGGAUACAGGAUCAGAUAAACAAAAGAAGCCGUAAAAGGCAACGAAAUCCCGAAACCUGGAAGAGAAGUAUUCUUAAACGUAGAAGGGAUUCUGGGUUGAGCUAUGUCGGGCAUCUUGGCAAAAUUAAGCGUGCAAAAAUCCUAAAGCCUGCAUGUGGUAUAAGUUGCAAAAAAAAAUGUACCUCGAAAAUAAAUGAACAACAAAGGGAGAACAUUUUUAAAGAAUUCUGGGGUCACUCUUCAUAUAAUAAACAAAAACAUUACAUUUCUUCCACCGUAAAUCAAAUUCCAGUUAAAAGGAGACUAGUUUCCAGGCAAAGAGCCAGGCACAGGAAAUGUUCUAGGCAGUUUUCAUUUACCGUUGACAAUUUGAAAAUAUCUGUAUGUAAAACUUUUUAUUUAGCUACCUUGGAUAUAACUAGUGCAAAAGUUGAUUCUGCUCUUAAUCAGUCUAGUCAGUUAACAGGUUUUCCAACUGAUGACAGUAGAGGAAAGCAUAAUGUGCGUCCUAACAAAAUUCAUUCUACAAUUAUUGAUGAUAUCAAAGAUCACAUAAACAGUUUCCCUCGUGUAGAGUCUCAUUACUGCAGAAAGAGUUCUGUAAAAGAGUAUCUAGAUAGUGAGCUCAAUUUGACUAAGAUGUAUGAGCUUUAUGUAGAGCAAUGUCACAAAAACAAUUAUGUCCCUGCAAGUCUUCACAAGUACAGACAGAUAUUCAAUACGCAGUUUAAUAUAGCAUUUAAUAAACCAUUAAAGGACCAAUGUGAUCUUUGUGCAGAAUUUCAUAGUACACCAGAUAAUGAAAAAUCUCAUUUGAUGGUAAAAAAAUUUGAAAGGCACAUUAGAAAUAAAAAUCUUGCAAGACAGUCAAAAGAUGCAGAUAAGUCUUUGUCUCAGGCAAACCCAUCCCAUGUCACUGCUUGUUUCGACCUGCAGCAGGUCAUUACUUUACCAAAAGCAAAACAGUCAUCUAUGUACUAUGCUAGUAAACUGAACAAUUAUAACUUAUCUGUAUACUCACUGGGUUCUAAAGAAGCAUACUGCUACUUAUGGAAUGAAACCACUGCUAAACGUGGGUCCUGUGAAAUAUCUUCCUGUGUUUUUUCAUUUUUCAAAACAUUGGAUCAACAAGAAACCGGCAUACAAAGUGUAAUCACUUACAGUGACAAUUGUGCUGGCCAAAAUAAAAAUAGAAAUUUCCUUUCAAUGAUGUGGCUUAGUCUUAGACUUUUUCAUUUUGAAAAUAUUUCACAUAAGUUCCUUGAAAAGGGACACACAAUGAACGAAAAUGAUUCUGUUCAUUCAAGCAUUGAAAAAUCACUGAAAAAUGUGCCAUUGUAUACAACAUCACAGUUAGUUACAGGAAUACAAAUGGCAAGACGCCGUAACCCUUACAUUGUGAAAGAAAUGGGCCCUAGUGAUUUCUAUGAUUUUUCAGUUGUAGCAGACCAUAUUAGAAAUCUCAGGGUAGAUACACAAGGAAACAAAUUACGGUGGACAGAAAUAAGGUGCAUCUCUUUCAAUAUGGACAUGCCUGAUACUGCUGUUAUUAAGUAUGAUUUUGAUGGUCCAGUUGUGUUUGUCAAUUUGAUGCCUAGUCUGAGACACAAACCAGUUUCAGUUCCAAAGUUACAUUUUCUGUAUGAGAAUGGUAACAGGCCAACAAUUCCAAGGAAUAAAUAUACAGAUCUUGUAAGACUUUGUGAUAGAAAUAUAAUUCCACCCCCAUAUCAGGCAUUCUACAGAAGUUUGCCGGUGUCAAAGUAGAUAGAGCUCCAGAGUUGAAUGCCAUUAUUUUGUCAUAGUAAUUUAGUGGCUAACCAUAGAAAUUUCAUUGCUAUCAUGUUAAGAGACCUUUUAAGAAAUUUCUUGGUGAUUGAAACAACUCGAGUUUUUCUGUUAUGUUGAUUGCUGUCCAAUUUAACUGUUUAAAGUUGGUACUAUAGCAAUAAUGAACUUGCCAAUUUGGCAUACAAAAUGGCUGAAUGAGCAUAACUAUUUUAUAUCAUUAAAAAUGUAAUUCAGUAAUUUUUAUUGUUGAAAACACAAUUUUAUUGUUAUUUUUUCAAUUGUACAUAAUAAAAGUAAGUGUAUUUAUUACAUGGGUGAAAGUUUUCAGUAUUAAUACUGAAUUCAGUAUUUUGAAGAUUUCUUCUUCUGUACAAGUGAUAGGAAAAUUAGUGUUGUCAGUAUUGAAAGUCUUGAUUUCAGUAUUUUGAAGUUUGACAACUUUCACACAUGUUAUUUUAACUGCAUACAUGUAAGUGCUAAGUUAAUUUUGACCUGAGUUUCUGCAUCAAGCUCAGAGUGAAGUCGAUUAAUGUUCUGCCUUUUUUUUUUCAGAGAUUAUUGUUAGCUCAUCUGGUCAAAAUCUCAGCUCAGAAAGUUUUAUAACCUUGGCCCCUGUUCAUCAUCAAGAGUAGACUAGAGCUGACUUGUACAGAAUCCAAUACUUUAUAUUAUAUUAUGCCAUUAAGGUCAUACUAGAUUUGCAAUUAUUGAUGCUGAAUGUUGUGUUUGCUCAAUUAAGUUAUUAUCUUGUUUAUAUAUUUUACAAUAAACUUAAUUCAUUG